AUGAUCCUGAUCCUCGACUGCUCGGAUGGUCUUUUUAAGUUCAAAAAUUUCAAGUGCAAGUGCUUCGAGAAAUCUUAUUGCGAGUUCGCGAAAUGCGAGCUUAAAAUUCUAGGUCGAGGCAUUGUGGGACUCAAUAUGCAUUUACAAGGGAAACAGUUUCCCAUCAAAAGAUUUCAGUUUCAGGUGACUACGUUCCGACGAUUCAAUGGUUAUCGGCCCAGUUUUUACAAUAUCAGCGUGGAUAUCUGUGACUUCUUCAAGCACAAGAAACGCUUUCCGUUCUUCAACUUAAUGUACGAUCCUUUACGAAACUUCAGCAACUUUAACCACAGCUGCCCCUACAAUCACGAUAUCAUCAUAAAUAGAAUGGUGCUGAAUGACCAAAUGUUGAAUAAACUACCUGUUCCUAUGGGAUUCUACAAGCUAUUGAUUGUUAUAGCUACCGAAGGCAUCUGGCGCGGCGAAAUCGAGUUCUUUUUCGAAGUCAACUUGGGAUACGAUCGUUGA